AGUUGUUGUGCUUCUCAGAAAUUCUCAGCUUUUGAGAUUUAGAAAAACUGCUAGAAGAAGAGUGCAGACUUAAAACCGAAUGAGGUGUGGAGUUGGGAAGGGUGGUGGUAUCUAGACAGAAGAACCCAGAAGCACUUGCUCAGAGCCUCUUCCAGCACUCAUCACAUACAGCAGACACCGCAGGCUUGAAGAAUGGCAGGUCCAGGGACUUGCCUUCCUAGGCUUUUGGUCUUAUGGUUUUCUCACUGGUUGGUCCUAGGGUUCUUGAAGGGAGUGGAAUGAGAGAGGAUGAGGCCAGUUCUUGGCUUCUAGUUUGCCGUGGUUCAAGUGCCCCUUUAUAGAACCUUUUCUGCUGCCAUGACAAUCCUGCUGGAAUCACAACAUACCUCACCAGAGGCUGAGUCUGGUGUAUUUCAGGGGAAAGAGCGUGAUUUACACUCCUUUUUGCAGAAAUGGAUGACAAGGACAUCCUUGAGGAUGCGUGUUGAGGUUCUCGGGGUUGUCCUAAUCCUGACUGCCUUGAUAAUCCUCAGCUUGGGAAUAAUAAUGCUAUGUGUCUUCUUGCUAUUUCAUGAGCCAGCACCCACUUCUGUAUAUACAGGUUACCCAAUAUGGGGGUCAAUAAUGUUUCUUGUUUCAGGGACCUUGUCAAUUGCAGUGGGAAGUGGAACUACAAAACGUCUGGUUCAAGGUAGCCUAGGACUAAAUAUCGUCAGCUCAGUCGUGGCCGCCACAGGGAUCAUACUUAGUGCUUUCAGCUUGACUAUGCUUUCAUUGAACAGCCAUCACUGUGACAAGAGUCAGAAGCCAGAAAUUUGUGCCAUGAUCAGGUCCGUGUUAAUGGGUAUGGAUGGCCUAGUGCUUAUGCUAAGUGUGCUGGAGUUCUGCAUUGCUGUGUCCCUCUCCGCCUUUGGAUGCAAACUAACCAAACUCAACUCUGGUGGGGACACUGCUGGGUGGGUUCAAAUUGCCCAACUUCAGGUUGACAGUGGAGCCCAAACAUUUUGCACCAAUUGCAGACUUUCCUAGGAAGAACAGGACAGGAAUGUCUCCUAAGAAGUGAGGAUCCCAAGAGUAUGACCUCAAAUUCUCAAGUGACAGAAACAGCAGAGAUUGCAUCAUUUAUGUGAGAUUCGAAGCCUCCAACAGAACAACAGAAAUACCUUCCAGAAAAUCUAUCCUGACAGAACCCCACUUGAAAAAGUAUCAAAAUCCAACUCUGAUUUUUCAAAAUUAUGUAUUGUGUAAUAAAUUCAGAAUAGUAUUUGCAUUUUCCCCAAGAACUUGGUGACUUCUUUCAUUGGCUCUUUAUCAGAACAGAAGUUAAAUAAAUAUAUCAUGCAUUUACGAGUCAAUAGCACUUGAAAAUUUUCCAUCCAUUCUUAGGAGUAUAUAAGGACAUGAAGUUGGUGAAUAAGAUUUACAGCAAAAGGGCAAAUAGUUAUUGCUGAAGUGGGACCCCAAGCAUUACAUAGUUCUGCUUCCUUUAGUAAUAUUAUCCCUACUUGUUAGAUUUUUUUCCCCCACAUUUGGAGACACAAGGUGUUUUUACCUUCAGAAAACUGAGACUUCAUGACUUUUCUCUCUUUUUUUUUUUUUUCCUUUUCCUUCUU